AAGCAGAAAAAACAGUUGUUACGUAUCGCGAGAGUUGCAGGUCUAAUCACUACGUAAUGUGCCGUGCUGCUUCUAGCGGCGCUGGUGACAGUGCUGAAAGCUGUUGGGUAUGAAGUGAAUCAGAACUGAAUUUUCUUACCAUCCGCAACUGCUUCAAGUUCAGAUCACGACAACGAAACUGAAGAAAAUCUCCCAAAAUAAUCACGACACUGAAGAAACGUGGGAGGAAAGGGAUCACUCUAAGGAUUUAAAACCAGAAGUAACCAAAUCCUGAAACGACCAAAGAAUAUCGACCCAACUGAAACGUAGAAGAGAAGCAACUCUGCGCCCGAGCCUUUUUUUCUGAAGAAAACUGAUCUGAAACCAGAAGUUUGUGCCUACUCAACAGCUUUGACAAAGCACACGUCCCAACGCUGCUCUUAGCCCUCCUCAUACUCGCUACACCGCCAGCUCACCAAGGUGUGGAGUGGGCUGCUAUCCACUAGUUUACCCCUGUAGUUCCCCCCAAUCCCUGCAUACUUUUCUCCCCAUCUUUGUAAGUUUUUUCUAAGCAGUGUUAUUGCACCUGCGAUUGCCUCUGUGUGCUAGAUCUCUCCCCAUUUUUUCUGUUUUCCUUUUUUAUUUUUUUUUAUUCCUUCUUUCAACCAUCUAGUACUUGUGCCAGAAACCUGUUAGGAGUGUGUGUGUGUUAAACUGUCUGUGAGAAGACAUCUGCAAAGGCAUCGAGCUCCAAAGAACUGCAAGAUACAAGACAGCCAUACAAGCAUAUUCCUGUCCUAAGCCCUGUGUCAGACAUGGAAAGGGGCUCCUCUGAACCCCCAGUGGCUCGCAGCACUGGUUCUGCCUCAUAUUCCUCCACCGGUCCCAUGCCCAUCCCUCGCUCCUCCUCCAUCUCUUGCCAUCCUCAUCCAGGAAGUAAAAAACACAAGCGGAGUCCCUUGUAUCAGAGAUCUAUGAGCUUUGACCCUGGAAUGCUCCAUAACAACGGGCACAGUGCCUAUGCCAACGGCAGCGGCCCUGGCAUCAGAGAGACCGGGGUGGUGGAGAAGCUUCUGGCCUCCUAUGGGUUCAUCCAGUGCUCUGAACGUCAAGCUCGUCUGUUCUUCCACUGCUCCCAAUACAAUGGCAAUCUGCAGGACCUUAAAAUAGGAGAUGAUGUAGAGUUUGAGGUUUCCUCUGACAGGCGCACUGGCAAGCCCAUAGCAGUGAAGCUGCUUAAGAUAAAGCCAGAAGUGCUGCCAGAGGAGCGCAUCUCAGGCCAGGUGGGGCCAGACCUGCACGCCUAUCCCUUAACUGUGCUGCAUGGUUAUAUUCAUCCAGUGGUUUCCUCAAUCCCUCUGCAUUUGGAUGGAAAGUCCGCUCCUGGCCAGGCGCCUACAGGCAGCGUGUGCUAUGAGAGGAACGGGGAAGUUUUUUAUCUCACUUAUACUCCCGACGACGUGGAAGGUAGCAUCCAGCUGGAGACGGGGGACAAAGUCAGCUUCUACAUGGACACCAAUAAGCAUACUGGUGCCGUCAGCGCGCGCAACAUUCAGCUGGUGAAGAAAAAGCAGACCAGGUGUCAGGGGGUGGUGUGUGCGACCAAGGAGGCUUUCGGGUUCAUCGAGAGAGCAGAUGUGGUGAAGGAGAUAUUUUUCCACUACAGCGAGUUCAGGGGCGACCUGGAGGCUCUUCAGGCCGGAGAUGAUGUAGAGUUUACUAUAAAAGAGAGAAAUAGUAAGGAAGUGGCUACAGAUGUCAGGCUGUUACCUCAGGGAACGGUCAUCUUUGAGGACAUCAGCAUCGAGCAGUUUGAAGGAACCGUUGUCAAAGUGAUUCCCAAGGUUCCCAGUAAAAAUCAGAACGACCCUCUUCCUGGACGCAUAACUGCAAGAGUGGGUUUGGCCGACAAGGAAUUGCCAUUUGGAGAAAAGGACACCAAGUCCAAAGUGACUCUUUUGGAAGGAGACCACAUUCAGUUCAACAUCUCCACUGAUCGUAGGGACAAGUUGGAGAGAGCCACCAACAUCGAUAUCUUCCCAGACACUUUCGACUUCACUAAAGAGUCUCGUGAAAUGGGGGUGAUUGCUGCCAUUCGCGAUGGCUUCGGCUUCAUCAAGUGUGUGGAUCGGGAUGCCAGAAUGUUCUUUCACUUCAGUGAGGUGUUGGAGGAGACCCAACUGCACAUCUCAGAUGAAGUGGAGUUCACUGUUGUGCCUGUAGGUCCCGUUAAUAAGCUUUACACAAAAGACAUGCUUUCAGCGCAGCGGAACCACGCGGUGCGCAUCAAGAAGCUCCCCAAAGGAACGGUGUCCUUCCACACCCAGUCUGAGCAGCGCUUUGUGGGCGUGGUGGAGAAGGAAGUCGCCGUAACCAACAAGAAUGCCAGCCCCACCAAGGGCAAGGAGAAGGUACCACCCGGCACAAAUGAAACUGAAGAGGGCGUGAUUGCGUAUGAAGACUGUGGGGUAAAGCUCACCGUGCCGUACCACAUCAAAGACCUGGAGGGCGGCAGUCAGCCUCAGACUGGAGAUAAGGUGGAGUUCUCCAUCAACGAGGUGAAGCGAACCGGCCAGCAGAGCGCGGUCUCCAUCAGGGUCCUGAACCGAAACGGCUCCAACGCCAAGAGACUGCACGGAUUCGUGGCUGCGCUCAAAGACAACUUUGGCUUCAUUGAAACGGCGAAUCACGACCAGGAAAUCUUUUUCCACUACAGUGAAAUGUGUGGAGAUCUGGAUAAUCUGGAUCUGGGCGACACUGUGGAGUACAGUCUGUCAAAGGGAAAAGGAAACAAAGUCAGUGCUGAAAAGGUCACCAAAGUGGCUGCAGUGAACGGGACGGGCGAGGAUGUUGGGACAACAAUUCUGACAGGAAAAGUGAUCCGUCCCAUCCGCAGCGUGGACCCCUCCCAGGCCGAAUAUCAAGGCCUCAUCGAAGUCAUAGAUGACGCUGGAGGAAAAGGACCGUCUUACCCCUUUGGAAUUAUGGGAAUGGCAAACAAGGGAGACUGUUUGCAGAAGGGAGAAUUUGUAAAGUUCCAGGUUUGCACGGUUUCCCAAACUGGCCAGAAGAUGGCGUGUAAUGUGGUUCCCCAGCGCCGGGCUGUGGUGGAGUGUGUCAAGGACCAGUUUGGAUUCAUUACGUACGAGGUGGGCGACAGCAAAAAGCUGUUCUUCCACGUCAAAGAGGUGCUGGACGGCCUGGAGCUCCAGACGGGCGACGAGGUGGAGUUCUCCGUGGUUCUGAACCAACGCACGGGAAAGUGCAGCGCGUGCAACGUGCGCCGAGUCAGCGAGGGGGCUAAGCCGGUGGCGACGCCGCGUCCAGACCGCCUGGUGAACCGGCUGAAGAGCAUCACUCUUGAUGACGCCAGCGCUCCUCGUCUGGUCAUCCUGAGACAGCCUCGUGGUCCGGACAGUUCAAAGGGCUUCAGCGUGGAACGCAAAACCCGCCAGCCGGGGGUGAUCGACUGAGCGGAGGCUCCCGCUGCGUCUGUGCUUGGCCGCUGUCCUCGCAGGCUCCAGCAGCACAAACUGGAAUUUGAUUUGAUGCUUGCACAUCAGCUAACCCACAAACGUGCGCACACAUGCAGCCGUUGGCGUGUCCGUUUGGCCAUUAUGCAUCCCUGUGAGGGAACUCGUCUCGCUCCUCCACCGUUCCCUACCUCCCACCCAUGAUUGAAUCGGUAGUACCCCACUGCAGCCUCCGUGGGUUCCUGAGAGUGUGCGUCUGUGUGUGUGUGUGUGUGUCAUGUUCCCCAGAGGUUAAGUGUGUGUGGCUGAGGGAUUUGUUUCAGUUUGUCUUUUUCCAAAUUGGCGUGACGACUGGCUUUCCGUGUCUUGACCUCUCGACCAGGCUCUGUCUGGAAUUCUGCACCUGUAAUCGGUCCGUGGACCCCCCCACCCCGCUCCAUUAAUGUCCUUCAUGCUGUUUCACUCACGGAAACCUCAAGUAUUUGAUCAAACUGGAGCUUUCCUACACAAUGCGUAGAUGGGCGUCGGCUCCGUCGGGACGCCGGGACUCUCCUCUGCUCGCUUUUUUGAGCAGUUUUAAAUGCUUGACUGAAGAGCUGAAGUAAAAGCAUGGAGUUAUGUCUGGGGGGGGUGUCAAAGUAGUUGCUAUACUUGAUGCUGACGUGCCCCCCUCCCCUCCCCGUCCCUUAGCGGUUUUUUCUCUUUCAGGUGCAGAAUUCCUCGUUGCAUCUUAUAUUUGCGAUUCUUUUAUACUCUUUUUCAUUUCUGCACAUCUUUUUUUUUUUGUUUUUUUCGGAAACUCAGUCUGCUAUAUUGAACGUUACAAAUAAGGUGCCUAUUAAUAGCAAAGUUAAAUAAAAAUCAAAAUAAAAGUAAGAUGUCUCCUCUGUUCCUAGCACACCACCAACAUAUUCAGAACAAUCUUAAGGUGGCCCCCCCCAGUAGAAAUAUUGCUAUAUGCAUCCCAGAAAUGUGGGUUCAUCUAUACUGUAUGUAAUGUGUGCUUUUUUUUUUUGUUUUCUUUCUAAUAAAAAGAUCAAAUAUAAUAAAUUUAAUUUAACGGAAAAAAGUAAAAAAAAAAAAGAUCAGCUUUUGAAAUUAGGAUAUUAGUUUUUGCUCUAGAGAGAUGAUGUUCCUCUGCACGAUGACCUACAGCAGAAACUCCUUCCUCUGGACUUCAUGGGGUUUUGGUUGGAUGACGUUCAGAGGUUCUUGUGUCUUUUUUUUGUUUUUUUCAUUUAUGGUCUUGAAUGAAACAAUUGAAUAAAGGUUUUAUGAAAAUGA